UAUUCGCGAUGAAGGUUACAUUACACUAAAUCAUUUUGUAUCCCUCCGUGGUCGAUUCGAAAUUAGUGCCUAUUUCUAAAGAGUUCCUUUUCUCUUCGGUAUAAAAAGCGAUUUAACGAUCGCACACAUGCUUUUUGUGAUUAUUUCCUGCAUUCUGUUUGUGUCUGCAAUAUUUUGGCGCAUUUAAUUGGGGAUUACGUUGAAAGAAAAAUGCUUUGAAAGUUGGCAGUUUUAUAAUGGGACCCUAUCAUGCCUAUGGAAAAUGGAAUGAGUGUAAUAUAACCAUGAAGUGUUGUGAACUUUUUCAAUAUUUGUUGUCUCGUAGAUGUAUUACCAGGUGACAACAUGGAAGCAAUUCUAGAAGAGAUAAAGAAAUAUGAUGUUCAAACAUUAAGGAAGAAACUUUUAGAAAAUGGAAUUAAAGUUGGCCCAAUAGCGCCUUCCACUGCAUCACUUUUUCAAAAAAGACUUGCAAAACAUUUGUUUAAAUUACAAGGUGGAUCGCUUGACGAAGAUGACAAUGCUUCUCCAAAACAGCCAGUAAAUAAAGCGGAGAUAGUACCACUGGACAAAGAUUUAUUGGAUUCAUCCUUAAAUGCUACAAAUAUUUACUACGCAGUGUGUCUCCCACAAGAAGUUGACAGAUCAAAUGCGUUCGACAAUAAAGAAAACAGAGUAUUUACAGACAAGAUAUCAGCACUACAGUUAGCAAAGAAAUUUAAAGGAUCCCGAUUCAAAGUCUUCAAGAAUGAACAAGAAGCAGAAGUGUUUUCUCAAUCUUUUGCUGAAACUGUGUUUGCUUCACCAAGAAGACCAUCAAAAGAAGACAGCAAAGAACCUUCUGUUUCAACAGAGAGUUCUCCAUACAAAGCCCCGAAACCACAAGAUCUAGCUGAACUAAGACAAGCCAUAGAGACAGGUGAUGUAAAGACAUUCCAAGCAAAAGUUUGGGAUAAUCCUAGAUAUAUGGUCAGUUCUGGAGACACUCCUGCAAUAUAUCAGGAAGGACCUAGAUACUCGGCCAUGCAUGUGGCUGCAUUAAAGAACCAAGCAGCCAUGUGUCAAUCUAUUCUGGAUAUACUGGAAGAUCCCCAGUUUGUGAUUAAGCUAUACUCUCAGAGUGUUAACACAGAGGAAACAAUGAACCAAAGAAUCAACUUCUUGGUGGAUCUUUAUCUCAAUAUGCCUGAUAAAGGGAACUGUGACUCUCCACUGCACAUGGCAUGCAAGUUUGGACACGCUAAGGUUGUUGAGGUUUUGGCUGCUCACCCCAAGACUGACAAACAGCUAAAGAACAAGUGGGGCGACACCCCGAAAGAUUUGAUUUGUACCCGCUGCACCUCCUCCUCAGCUGGCCUGAAGGACAAGAUUGAAGAACUCCUCAUGGGUCAGGUCUAUGUUCCACUGAUCAGAUCUGAGGACAACACAGUCCCUCCAGUGAUUGGUCAGCCAUGGUCACCUGACCUGACCGGGUCGCCACUGGACAAUACCAGGAUCCCCUGCAGCCCCCGAGAAUCACCAAUGUCUGUACGGGCCUGUGCAGGGCCCAUGUCACCUUCCAAUGCUGGCCUGUUCCACAAGCGCUGGACCACUUCCCCGUCACAGAGCCCUGACAAGGCCAGGGAGUAUCAGCACAUGAAGCGCAGUGACUGCGACAAGGGACUAGAACGUAUCGGCCGUCAACUGGCAGCUGAAAUGAAAAUACCAUGGCGAGAAUAUUGGGAAUUUCUUGAUCAGUUUGUUGACCUUUCAACUCCUCAAGGUUUGGAAACCUUGGAAGGUUACUUCAAAAAGCGUGUUUGGCAGUGUUACAUUAAGACUUUUAAAGACAGACAUUGCAUUAUAGAUGAAACUGAUAAUGCCAGUGCCGGUAGCAUGGGAUUUUCAACCCCAGUAAAUAGAAGGCAAAGAACAGGCUUGUUUGCAGAUUCUGCUAAAUCAUUGGAUAGUGUUUUUGAGAAAAAAAUCAAUAAAACUGAACCUUUGAACAAGACUAGUAGAAGGCUGUCUAACAGUUUUCAAGACACUAAAGAUGAUUCUGAGCAUUUGUCACCUGAAGAGGAUAAGUCUCAAGUUCAAUCUGUCAGUAAUGUUAAUGGUAUUGUUAGUCCAAUUACUAAUCUGGCACAAACAUUUGAAAAACUGCAACUUCUGGAUGAUUCCUGGUAUGAGCAUGCCACAGUUGAUUCAGAACAUGGUAAUGAUUUGGAAUCUGGUACUGAUGAUGCUAAGGAUAUAAAUCUGGAAAAGGGCUCUGGACUUUUUAAGACAAACAAAGUGUCAAAUAGUUGUGACAAACAAGAAAAUAGUGUAAAAAUAGGAAAGAGUCUCGGAAAUUCUGAAGACUCUACAAGUAAGACCGCAGUUAAUGAAGAAAUGCCAACAAAUACUGUUAUAGUAGAAAAAGAUCUUGGAAAAUCUACAGAUUGUGUAAAUACUGCAAAAAAUAAUGGUGAGCUGUUAGUAAAGCCUGAAGAGAGUAUGGAUAAGAUACAAAGGUAUCCCUCUGUGAGUUCUGGUUCUACAGAAUCUUUUGAGACUGCUGAAGAAGUCUUAAGUGAAAAAAGUCUUUCAUUUUGUAGCCAGGUGUCUGAGCUUGGAAAUAGUUUUGUGUGCAUCAGAAUUUGUGAUACCAACGUCUUUCAGAAGUUGCUAGAAUUUGUUAAUGAAAAUAGUCCAGGAAAUCCGGAAGAUAAUGAUAUUGAAAUGGAACCUGUUUUAUUUAUUUUGCAAUGGCAAGCUGUGUUGGGGAACGAAAGCCAGAAAAUAAAUAUUAUUUCACUUACACAUGCUGAAUCCCUUGAGAAAAUCCUUGUUCUUGAAAAUGUUGUUGUGGCAGUAGUGGAAGGGGACAUUUUUAGUCAACAAGAAGGAGAUGUUGUAGAGAUUAGGGGACCAGUCAGGGAAAGUUCAUCCACAACGCCAGCAGUGAAUGCCUAUCUAACAAGAAUGGAUGCUUUUCGAAACUGUGGCUAUAUCCAUGGCCCACAGCCAACACGUGAGGAUCUGGAUGUUUCCAGAGCUAUUGGAGACGUCACAGUGAGCUCAGAACUUUACCCUAAUGUCUUCCAGUGGAAACUGAGUUUAACCAAGUUCCUUAGCAACACAAAAUACAGAUGGCAGAGCCCCGCAAAGUUUAAACCCAUGUCCAGGCUAGCCUCACCCCAGCCAUCUCCCCGGGGAAAAACAAGCCCCGUGAUCCCUUACGGUAGCCCCGUUGGGCUGGGAUCUACCACCAGAAACCAUUCUGCGACCUCUGAUAUACGCACUAAGUUAUUUCCUUCGAUCAAGGAGUAGAGAAUGUUCAAUGUUGCUAAGCUGGUUUUAUUGUGUUCAUGUGCUUUAGCAGCAUUUUUGUGCAAUAAUGAUGUUACAGUAGAGGCGAUCAUGAGGAAAUGUUAACUUCUAAGAAUGCAUACCUGUAAUUACUUAGAAAUAAAAAAUAUGCUUUAUCAAGAAUUCAAAUGCAAUUCAAGAAGGCACUAUGCAUGCAUGGCGCAACUUAUUUUCAUUUGCCUUUGAUUUCCUUUUGGAUUUUCUUUUGUGCUAAAUCUUGAUGUGUUAUCACGCAAACACGUUUAACUUUUUCAUCAUUGGUAUCUGCAGUUUGUUUGACACAGAAACUAUGUAUUAAGUUAAUAGACAUAUGCAUGAAUAGGCUUGAUUAAGAAAGUGGUAAGCUGCCAGUACAAACAAUUCACACCCAUAAAAAAUCUUAUUUAAAAAUCACUCCUUGUAAACAAACGUAAUUUUGAGCUUGGCUGUUUUCAGAGAAAACCCGAGGUAUUGUCAUAGCCAGCUCGUCCGCCGCAGGCGUCGUGCUAAAACCUUAAAAUUGGCACUAAAAUCACAGUGCUUCCACCUACAACUUUCAAACUUCAUAUGUAGAUGCACCUUGAUGAGUUCUACAGGCCACACCCAUUUUCGGGCCACUAGGUCAAAGGUCAAGGUCACUGUGACCUCUAAUAUAAAACUUUAACAUAAACUCUAAAGUCAAAGUGCUUCCACCUACAACUUAAAAACGUCAUUUGUAGAUGCAACUUGAUGAUUUCUACAUGCCACACCCAUUUUUGGGUCACUAGGUCAAAGGUCAAGGUCAUUGUGACCUCUAAUAUAAAACUUUAACAUAGGCUCUAAAAUCAAAGUGCUUCCACCUACAACUUUGAAACUUCAUAUGUAGAUGCACCUUGACGAGUUCUACACGCCACACCCAUUUUUGGGUCACUAGGUCAAAGGUCAAUGUCACUGUGACCUCUAAAAAAAAAGCAGAGCAUGGCACCGUAAUGCAGUGCUCUUGUUUAAUCAAACUACUAGUAUUAGAGGUAGUAAUAGAACUCAAUUUGUUAGUCAAUUUAAAAAUACUUAUGCUCAUAGUACUAAUUAAAAAUUGAACCAUAAGAUUAGUUGAGCUUUGAAAGUUCUACAUGUAUUAAAAGCAGGGUUUGUUGGGAUCGCAAUGUUUAUUGGCUUUUAAAGAGACUUGUUCAUAGUGUAAGUUUCAUUUAAUGUAUUUAGUAACAAAGCUGUAUUUGGAAUAGUCUUAGAUAAUAAAUUGCAAUUAUUGGUUAUAGAUUGAAAAUCAGGUUAAUGGCAUUGUCAUGUUUCUUGUUAUUUUAUUGAUAAAAAUGUAUGAUAGUUCCUAUAAUAAAUAAUAUAUUUAACCUUUUUAUAUGUCAGCCAAAGGAGUGUUAUGCUCCCCAAAAAAUUUUUUAGGGGGGGGAGCAUAUAGUCGCCGCUUCGUGUGUCCGUCUGUCCGUGCACAAUUUUUGUCCGGGCUAUUUCUCAGCAACUAAUGACCAGAAUUCAAUGAAACUUUAUGGGAAGCUUCACUACCAUGAGGAGAUGAGCAUAUUAUCAGCGGGUUCUGGUCGGAUGAUUUUUCACAGAGUUAUGGCCCUUUGAAAUUUUCCAUUAACUGUACAUAUAGUGCAUUGUCCGGGCUAUUUCUCAGCAACUAAUGACCAGAAUUCAAUGAAACUUUUUUGGGAAGCUUCACUACCAAGAGGAGAUGUGCAUAUUAUCAGCUGGUUCUGGUCGGAUUAUUUUUCACAGAGUUAUGGCCCUUUGAAAUUUUCCAUUAACUGUACAUAUAGUGCAUUGUCUGGGCUAUUUCUCAGCAACUAAUGACCAGAAUUCAAUGAAACUUUAUGGGAAGCUUCACUACCAAGAGGAGAUGUGCAUAUUAUCAGCUGGUUCUGGUCGAAUGAUUUUUCACAGAGUUAUAGCCCUUUGAAAUUUUCCAUUGUACAUAUAGUGCAAUUCUUGUCCGGGCUAUUUCUCAGCAACUAAUGACCGGAAUUCAAUGAAACUUUAUGUGAAGCUUCACUACCAACAGGAGAUGUGCAUAUUAUCAGCCGGUUAUGGUCGGAUGAUUUUUCACAGAGUUAUGGCCCUUUGAAAUUUUCUAUAAACUGUACAUAUAGGGCAAUUUUUGUCCAGGCUAUUUCUCCCCAACUACUGAAUUCAAUGAAGCUUUGUGGGAAGCUUAACUACCUUGUGAAGAUGCGCAUGUUAUUUGUGGGUUCUGGUUAGAUGAUUUAUUUAGAGAGUUAUGGCCCUUUGAAAUUUUUAAGUCGCUAAACAAUCCAUCGUAUUAUUUUGUCCAAAGUUAUUCCCCUCAAGAUGUUUCCUUUUAUCUGAAUAUACAGUCAAUCUUGUGGAUGCGACCACUUGUAUUAAGCGACCUUUGUCUUAUGCGACCAUUAUGAAAUCCCACGGAGCUUUUUCGCUAUAUAAUGAUAUUGUAUUAAGCGACUUUUGUCUUACGCGACCAGCGACCGCUGAUUUGUGUGUAUUUUGAUGUCCGAAUAUUGUAUUAAGCGACCACUAGGAGGUAAAAGUGGUUAAUCUAUCGAUCUUUCAGGGACAAAUCCGUGUUAAUUGUUUAUCUAAGCCGAUAAGAUGUACUGUUACACCUCUGCUUUGUUUUCACAACCAUUAUGAUUAUGCUUUGUCUCGUUGACCGGUUCUGACCGGUAUUGUUGUAGACUGCGUAUCAAUUUAUUGAGUUGAAUAAUAGAGGAACGUAUUGCGCACAGUCUACAGCUUAAAAAGUUUACUAUGUGGAACGUUAAGAGACAAUGCCGAUUUUUCUCGAGUAUAGAUAACAGGUGCAGAAACAAUGCACUGUACGCGACAAACAUUUCCUGAGAAGUGCGGAAAAUAAACUAUUAAUCGGCAACAUCUGUCGAAAUCCGUACAUUACCAAUUUGUAAUAAUGCUAAUUAGUAGAUAUUUGUAAGCCAAUCACAUUGUUAUUUACUUAAUAAAUUUUCCAACCAGGUAUGAUUGUUUGUUACUGACGUGUUUUAAUUUUUUCAGCUCAUUAUGUAUCAUAAUCGAGUUAGAUUUCCUUAAGCGUACAUGCAGAAAUUAAAAUGUCAAAACAAAAAGUGUUAACGUUGAACGAGAAAAUUCGGGUUUUGGAAUUGUCAAAGAGUAUAAGUGCACGUAAAAUCGCAGACGAGAUUGGAGUCGGAAAAAACCAAAUUCAGAACAUUCUUAAGCGUAAAGCCGAGGUGCUUGAAGACGUGGAAAAUAAUGUGUCAGGUGAAAAAAAACGCGCAAUAUAGAAACGGAAAGAGAAAUACAUGUGAUAAUAUAUCAUAGCUUUUGGCUUCUGACAUUUAUUUCUAGUUUUAGCUGUACACAUGUACAUGUAGACUGUUACACAUUUUUAGCAAAAUUCUUUGUUCUUAGGAAAAAUAUUUCCUUUUCUAUGUUGUUUUUGCAAAUAAAUAUGUACACACAAUUGAUUUAUAAUAAAUGAUAAUUUAUAAUAAGUGAAAAAUAAAACACAUUAUAAGUAAAAUAUUGUUUAUGUAUUGUGUUUAUAUUCAUUUUAUUAUAAAAGUUAAAAUCAUUGUGGAUAAAAGAGAUAAUCCUUCAUAUAGAUUAAAAUUGAGGGUAAGCAUUCUUCCAGAAUGGCCUUUUGUAUUCAAAGACCGUUUUAUUAAGAGACCACUUUUGAUUACUCCCUUGAGUGGUCUCUUAAUACAAGAUUGACUGUAUAGUGCAAUAUUGUGACAAAAAAAAAUUUGGGGAGCAUCACCCAUCUCCGACGAUUUCUUGUUUUGCUUGUUUCAAUAUGAUAAUUGUGGCAUACUGUGUAAGCCAUGACUUGUUUGUGUUUGUGGGUAUAAAACAUUGUCUGAAAAAAAAGGGCAUAAAUGAUCAUCAUAAUCAAACCAAUAUUAUGCAUGCAAAACAAAGAUGUUGAUGCUUCAAUGUUACAGUUGUUGAUUGCUUCAAGGUUACAAUAACUCGAAUCAAGACGAUGUGUACCUUGCAAAACAAUGUUAUCUAGUUGAAUCUUUGACAAUUUUUAUGUCCCCCACUAUAGUAGUGGGGGACAUAUGUUUUUGCCCUGUCUGUUGGUUGGUUGGUCUGUUGGUUGGUUGGCGCCAACUUUAACAUUUUGCAAUAACUUAUGCUAUAUUGAAGAAAGCAACUUCAUAUUUGGCAUGCAUGUGUAUCUCAUGAAGCUGCACAUUUUGAGUGGUGAAAGGUCAAGGUCAUCCUUUAAGGUCAGAGGUCAAAUAUAUGUGGCCAAAAUCGCUCAUUUUAUGAAUACUUUUGCAAUAUUGAAGAUAGCAACUUGAUAUUUGGCAUGCAUGUGUAUCUCAUGGAGCUGCACAUUUUGAGUGGUUAAAGGUCAAGGUCAUCCUUCAAGGUCGGAGGUCAAAUAUAUGUGGCCCAAAUCGCUUAUUUUAUGCUAACUUUUGCAAUAUUGAAGAUAGCAACUUGUUAUUUGGCAUGCAUGUGUAUCUCAUGGAGCUGCACAUUUUGAGGGGAGAAAGGUCAAGGUCAUAUUUCAAGGUCAAAUAUAUAGGUCAAAAUUGCGCAUGUAAUGUCACUUCUGCAAUAUUAAAGCUAGCAAUUUUAUAUUUGAAAUGCGUGUGUAUCUCGAGGCGCUGCACAUUUUGAGUGGUGAAGGGUCAAGGUCAAAGUCAUCCUACAAGGUCAAACGUCAUAUAGGGGGACAUUGUGUUUCACAAACACAUCUUGUUUGUUUCAUGAUUAUCAUUCUGCUUAUCUAUAAACAAGUCCAAUAGAAUUUUCAAAAAGUUGAUGGAUAUGUGUUCAGUUAUAGUUAUAAACAUGUCAUUAUACUUAAUGCUAUAAUGUUAUUAUCUAAAAAAUAAUUUGAAAAAGAUUUUCAAUAAAGCUUUGUCUUUGAUACUUCUCGCAAGUGUUAGAAAAUCUAAACCAUCCAGAUAUCAAAGGACUGGUAUUCAAACAGCAUCUUACGGUCAUUUAUUCUGUAUCUAUUUACUUCAAUAUUCCACAUCAUAAAAAUGAAUA